AGCAAAAGCUCAAUCGUACCGCACGUAAUGCGCUAUCAAGGUGCUCUCCGUCGCAAUCUCAUCUCCACUGCAUUUCACAUCUCACUCGGCUCCACUAUCCGUUGGGCGCACACCAACAGCAGAUGCAGUGCACCUGCUUGGUUAAUCGCAAUCUGCAUUCUCAGGUCAUCCCCUCCGAGUCGUCCACUUGCUUAGAAAAAGAGACGACUGCCCAACUGACCCGUCUUUAUUACUCCGUCUCCGUUCUGACCGGUUAUAAUAAACGCUGUGACGGGUUCCGUCUGGCCUGGGUUGCUGGGUACGCGUCCACUCAUUCUUUUUCUUAUCAUCCCUGUCGAACUCUGUCACAGUUUGGUAGAGCGAUUAAGUUCGACCAGGCUAGGCACCAUAUCCUUCGCCCUUGUCGCUUCUACUUGCCUGCACCGGCACGCACGACCCGGCCGAAUUCCACUCUCGAAUUGUCCAAGGUUCAGCCAGCGAACUUAGAACCUUAGUGAAAACAGCAAACUUCGGGCGACGAGAUCCAGUCGGUCGUGCCCACUGCCUCUACGUGCACAUUCACUGCACCGCCCACCGACAAGUUUAUCCGCAUAUCUUUUAUCUGCGCUCGCUAGUGCCUUGUCUGUGUGCGACAACACCAGGGCCACCCACACCUUGCGAAUUCGGACCCCAAACCCCCCACCAUUGAUCGCGACCUCUCUCACCAGACAGACAGACAACAGGACACCAAGACACCGACGUCGCGUGCCAGCGGGGUCACCAGGAGCAACCCGGGGGCACCGAUUGCCCGUCUCGAUAGCGUCAUCGCGAGGGAAGGGAGCCCUCGGGCGACAGCCAAGAUGGCGUGGUCCAAGUCAACCCGCAUCAGCAUCAUGCUGGCCAUCGACAUUGUCUUCUUCCUCGUGGAGCUCAUCACCGGCUUCGUCGUCCAGUCCCUCGCCCUCACUGCCGAUGCCUUCCACAUGCUCAACGACAUCAUCUCGCUCCUCGUCGGUCUGUGGGCUGUCAAUCUCGCCCAAAAGGCCACCACCGACAAGUACUCCUACGGCUGGCUGCGCGCAGAGAUCCUCGGCGCCUUCUUCAACGCUGUCUUCCUGAUUGCCCUCUGCGUCUCCAUUGUACUCGAGGCCGUCACGCGAUUCUUCGAGCCCCCCGAGAUUUCCAACCCCAAGCUGAUCCUCAUCGUUGGUUGUUUUGGUCUCGCCUCGAACCUCGUUGGUUUCGUUGUGCUAGGUGGCCACGGUCACGACCACGGAGGCGGCCACGACCACGACCACGACCACGGCGAUCAUGGACAUGAUCACAGCCACGGCGAACACGACCACGGACACGGCAGUCACGAUGAGCUGAGCCAGGCCGAAGAGGGCAGGGUAGGCCAGGAAGAGGACGACGGUCCCAUCUUGGACGUUCUCCCCGAGGUUGCCGUGUCGAGAUUCCAGCAUAAGAGCUCUCCGUCGACGGCAUCGAAGCGGAUAUCGUUCGACGAGGCCCAACAGACACCCGAGAGAACGAGCAACAGGGCAGGCCAGGCUGGCAAGUCGCGCAGGAGGGCGAGCAGCGGCCGCAACCAAGUCACUAAUAUUGACGACAUCAGCAUCUACCCGUCCAGCUUCCGACAGGAUAUCAUCGCGGCGACGAGGCCUCGCCCCCAUGACUCAACAGACGAGUCGGAGAGCACCGACGAGGAGAGCGCUGUUGCUGAGGAGCCCGCCACCGAGACUACCCCCCUCGUUGGGAAGAAGGGUUCCUCGGGCAGCGCUAAGCACGCCGACCACCCGCCUAAGAGGCACCGGAGAGACUCGAGCCUGCACCACACGCACAACCACAACAAACCCCGCAAGCCGGGUCAGUCGAGUCAUGGCCACAACCAUGGCGAUAUGGGCAUGAACGCCAUGGUCCUUCACGUCCUCGGCGACGCCCUCGGGAACGUCGGUGUCAUCGUGACGGCCCUCAUCAUCUGGCUGACCGACUGGCCCGGCAAGUACUACGCCGAUCCAGCCGUGUCCCUUUUCAUCACGCUCAUCAUCCUCAAAUCCGCGUUGCCCCUCACCUUCGCCACGUCCAAGAUCCUGCUGCAGGCCACGCCCGAGGGCAUCGAGGUCCAGGACGUCCGGGAGGACAUCGGCAGCCUCCCCGGCGUCGUGACGUGCCACCACGUGCACAUCUGGCAGCUGUCCGACUCUAAGAUCGUCGCCUCCAUGCACAUCCAGGUCGCAUUUCCCAUCUCGGAAGCGGGGGGCAAGGAGUACAUGACCCUCGCCAAGCGGGUGAGGAAGUGCCUGCACGCCUACGGCAUCCACAGCGCCACCAUCCAGCCCGAGUUCUGCCUGGACGAGUCCCACGACCACGCCGAGCAGGCCGAGCAGCAGCUCCGCCAGCUGGCCGGCUCCGCCGACGGCCCCACCGGGCUGCAGAGGUGCGCCGCCGGGAACAACAGCUGUCUUCUCGAGUGUGUCGAUGACUGCGUCGGCCAGGGCUGCUGCUCCGUGUCUGGCGACGACACUGCCGUCGAGAGCGCCAGCACCGGCAGCCAUUCCGCCCACAGUCACGGCCACGCCGAGGGCGAUGGGCAUCAACAUCAUUAGUGGAGUGAUGCACUCGCCGCCAUUCGGGGCUUUCGAUUUCAUCUAUUUGGGGUCCGACCAUAAUUUCUCUCUUUUGUCUACGGAGUGGGGCUGGUGAGUAUGUGUGUGUGUGUGUAUGUGUGGUGUUUGGGCUGUCUUCAUACAUGGGUGGGCAUUGGACCUCGGGUUUGUUCAUGGGCUUCGUCUUGGGCGCGCCUUUGCCCCAGAUGCUUGCUCAGCAUACUCAUACGCAUACAUGGUCGCACAAACACACUUGCAUCCUCCGAAAAGCGCAUUACAGUUGCAUUGGGCCUUUUGUCAUUGUUUUUUUCUUCCAGCGCAUCGCUUGGGGGUCAGCACUUAGUCACUGGACAAAGGCAAAGCGGCGCUGGUUUGGCGUUCCACGGGGAUCGGGAGGCUAUAUGUCUCUGUACUAUUAGAAAACUUUUUGGCCGAUUAGAGUGAGGCUUGUGUGUAAAAUGACAGAACCAUUCGUUACGCAUCCCUGAUACAUGGCGAAACACAAGCAUAUUGAUAGGGAGGGUCGAAAUUCUUCUUGCUUGAAUGUUUUUUAUUAUGCUGAAGGUAUCACGGACCUACUUCAUUCAUAACUACAGUCGCUUGCCACUCUUACCAGCAGCUUCAAACGUCUAAGAUGACCAGCAACGCAACUGCGUCCCACAGUCUCCCACACACCUAUUUCUACGUCACCCUACAAAACUAACCACUCCUACUCACACACGAGCAACGAAGUCCUCCCUAUUGUGCCAAAAGACACAACCCACA